GUGGUCACAACAACAACAACAACAACAAAUAAACAUGAGGAUCGUUCUGUUGUGUUUACUUGUUGUGUUUGCAGAGGUUCAUGGUAGUCUCCUAGAUGGCCUAGAACAUCACCAUGGAGACCACGCCCACGGAGAACACGCCCAUGGAGACCACGCCCACGGAGAACACGCCCAUGGAGACCACGCCCACGGGGACCACGCCCAUGGAGAUCAGGGAGGAGACCACGCCCACGGAGACCAGGAGGAGACCACGCCCACGGAAACCAGGGAGGAGACCACGCCUUACGAGACCAGGGAGGAGACCACGCCCAGGAGGAGACCCCACGAAGAACAGGGAGGAGACCACGCCCACGGAGGUCCACGAAGAACAGGGAGAUCACGCCCAGAACCACGCCCAUGGAGACGAGAGACCACGCCCACGAUCCACGAAGAACAAGAAGGAGAUCACGCCCACAAAGAACAAGAAGGAGACCACGCCCAUGGAGACCAGAGAGGAGACCACGCCCACGAUAAUCAUUCAGCCAAUCAGGGACGGGUCGCCUCGGCUGUGGCGUCUGACCUGAGCAGCUUCCUUGACCUACCCCCAGCUGAUUCGGCCCAAUCUGACCUGGGCCAAGAAUUUGACAGCCAAUCUGACCUGGGCCAAGAAUUUGACAGCCAAUCUGACCUGGGCCAAGGAUUUGACAGCCAAUCUGACCUGAGCCAAGGAUUUGACAGCCAAUCUGACCUGAGCCAAGGAUUUGACAGCCAAUCUGACUUAGGCCAAGGAUUUGACAGCCAAUCUGACCUGGGCCAAGGAUUUGACAGCCAAUCUGACCUGAGCCAAGGAUUUGACGGCCAAUCUGACCUAGGUCAAGGAUUUAACAGCCAAUCUGACCUGAGCCAAGGAUUUGACAGCCAAUCUGACCUGGGCCAAGGAUUUGACAGCCAAUCUGACCUAGGUCAAGGAUUUGACAGCCAAUCUGACCUGAGCCAAGGAUUUGACGGCCAAUCUGACCUAGGUCAAGGAUUUGACAGCCAAUCUGACCUAGGUCAAGGAUUUGACGGCCAAUCUGACCUGGGCCAAGGAUUUAACAGCCAAUCUGACCUGAGCCAAGGAUUUGACAGCCAACCUGACCUGGGCCAAGGAUUUGACCUCCCAGCUAGUGAUCUGACCCAAGGAUUCGGAGUCCCAGCAGCUGAUCAAUACCAAUCCACGGAUACUAACCAACGAUUCGACUCCCAAUCAGAUGACUUAAACCAACAACGAUUCGACUCCCAAUUAAGUGGUUCUAGCCAAUCAAGCCAAUCUAUUGACUACCAAACUACCACCACGAACCGAAAUUUCGAAUCCCAAUCCAGUGACUUGACCCAAUCGAGUGAUUCCAGCCACACCAAUCAACAAAAGGAUGACCUGACCCCAUUUACUGAUAUCCCAUUGACCUUUGACCGCGCCUCUGUUGAUGAACUAGCGGAUAAUGACCUUGAUUAUGACGACGAUGAUCAAAUUGCCCCAUUGAAGUCAUCGCUGCGAUCAUCAGGCGAACCGAAGCAGUUAAAUGCCCUGACGUCAAGCAUUAAUGCCCAAGAAGAUUACCCACAAUAUGCCGCGAUACCCCAGACUUCCUUCUCUUGUGAUGCCCAACUUUACGGGGGAUAUUUUGCUGACCCUGAUGCCCAGUGUCAGGUAUUCCACAUCUGCUUAAAUGGAAACAAAAUGGGCUCUUUUCUCUGCCCAAACGGAACCUUAUUUAACCAAGAAUAUUUCGUCUGUGAUUGGUGGUAUAACGUCGACUGUAACGAGGCGAUUAGCAGCUAUGGUUUAAACGCUCGAAUUGGGGUAGUUGAGGAGUAAGGAGGGAGGGAGGGUUAAACCACCGUCCUCAAAGGGUUAAAUCAUCGUCCUCAAAGGGUUAAACCAUCGCUCUCCAAGGUUUAAUGUCUUUCUUUUAUCAUAUCUAUUUGGGCAUAAAAUCUUUCCAAUGUUUUUUGUUUUGUCAAUUAUUUUUGUUUGUGUAAAUUUCUAUCCGUGUUUGUGUGUUUGUGAGUGUUCCAAUAUUGUAUUUCGUGUGCCAUAGACCGUAGGCAACCAAUCAGGUGUCAUUAGAUCUGACGUCAUCUCAUGUUUAACCAAUAGCUUUCUCACAUGACAAUAACAAGAGGUGAUGUCAUAUCUUAUGGGACCAAUAGCAUUCUUUGAUUAUAAUAAAAAUAUAUGGCGUCAUUUUGUAUGGGACCAAUAGUAUUCUCUCACGACAUGACGCUAUGACCUCUUUAACCAAUAGCAUCCUCUCGAUUAGAAGUUAUAACGUCAUAACUUAUCAACCAAUAACCACCUUCAAAAGUGUCACCACAAAUGACGUUACACACCUUUAACCAAUAGCAUACCAGCAAAGCUUCGGUUCGUCCUACGUGUCUCAGCUUAGUACGCAUGUGUAUAGAUUUUAUUCAGGCAAUAAAAUACACAUUUAUAUA